UAAGAUAAUUUCAGCGCCUCUCAACUCUAACGAGAUGGAUUCGAUCCCUCGUCAUCUCAAUUCGAUCCUAGGAUGAUGGAGGCUGCUGCGUAAGCUAGGUUUCCGCAUGUGUCUGGGUCUUUCUCUGACCUUACAUUACAAAAAAAACAAUAAUGUCGUUAGAGCUAAUAAAGUCAAAUCUCACGCUCAACUCCCAACGACUCAAUAAGCUUCAUCUGUAUAAAUCUGUAUGUUGAUUUAUUGAACGACGCCUUAGACGAAGAGUUGGCGUAAAGUGCUGUUGAGUUGAAGAUGAACGUAAAUUCAACGGACUUCGGCCGUGAAGAGCCCGACUUUCCUUUCCUUCAGGCUAUGUUCGACGCCCUAACGAAAUAUGUCUGGGUCCUACCAGUGGCCUUCGGGAUCCCAGGAAACAUUCUGACCAUGCUGGUAGCAAACAGGAAACACAACCGGAAGCUGUCGCCGUGUGUUUACAUGUCCGCAAUGGCCGCCACGGAUUUAAUGUUCCUGCUGGAGGUUGCGUGGUAUUAUUCGGUGUUCUUUCAAGGCAUGUUGGAUCACUGGAUAGACAAGGCUAAGAGAGGACUUAUUGUUACGUUUCAUGUAUAUCUAAUACUGGCGUUAGGGAUGUUAUCCGGUCUUUGCCUAGCUGCUAUGUCCGUCGACCGUUUGCUGGCAAUCAGGUUCCCUCUCGCUGCUGCCGGACUAUGCACGACCAAGAGGGCAAAGAUCACAGUGGUUUUGAUUACAGUCCCAAUCGCAGCGAUCAAUGUCCAUACCUUUUUCGUGUACGAUUAUAUUGAGGAUCUUGAAGCAGGGUCGCGUUUCAUAUUCUAUGAUGUUCCAGUCGCGAUAGAAAAAGCUUCCUCCUUGUUCAACAUAAUCUUUGGAACAGUGGUUCCAUCAGUCCUCAUCUUCGGCUGUAAUCUAUUGAUAAUCAUCACAGUAAAAAAAGCGGCUGCAAAUCGAGCAGUAUUUAAGUCGAAUCAAACAGUAAACAAGGACAAGGAUUCUCCGAACCUUGCAGCAAUGCUGCUAUUUGUCAGCAUUGCUUAUAUCAUUACCACGUUCCCUUAUAGAUUGUUUGCCCCCAUAAUUGAAAUCCCAACAUUCGCAGCAAUGUAUGACAUGACACAGCCAUAUUGGAGGCUAAGUUACAACAUUGGUUUGUAUGUGCUGGCGGACCUGUGGUUCUGUAACUAUGCAGUGAAUUUUUACCUCUAUUGUAUUGGAGGAGGAAAACGGUACAGAGAUGAUACGAAGGCUGUGAUUGGUCAGAUAGUUCAAUGUUGCAAAUGA